AUGAAAAAUAUGAAUGAUGAGAAUGGUAGUACUAUAGAGGGAGAUCCUAAUACUGAAAAGGCAAAGAAUAAAAAUAAUAAUAAUAAUGAUGAUAUUAAUGAAAACAUUAUAGAUGAUGAAAAAAAAAAAAAAGAACAACAACAAGAUGAUGAAGAAGAUGAAGAAGAUGAUGAAGAUGAUGAUGAAGAAGAUGAUGCUGAUAAUGAUUUGUGUGAUCAAAAUGUUUUAAUAAUAGGUGAUGAAAAUUUAUCUUUUUCAAAUUAUAUAAUCGAGGCAUAUGCAUCAUCUAAUAUAUACAUAGCAAGCACGCUAACGGAAUUUCAGGUGAACUUAUUGUUGAAAGAUCUAGAAAAAAAAAAAGUAAACAAGUGCUUACAUGAAAAAAGAGAAAUAGAUGAUGUGUCAACAAAUUAUGGUCCCUUUGAUUUUACAAGGAAAUUUAAAGAAAGGCAUGUAAGCAAAAAUGUGCAUAUUAUAUUUAAUGUCAACUUAUUUAACUUAAAGUCGUAUUUCCCAAAGAACUUUUUUAAGGCCGUUUUUUUGAUACUUCCCGGCCUGAGUUUUAAUAUUAACGAUAUUCAACUAAAAUAUAAUGACAAAGUAACGACCUUAAGAAUAUAUUAUUUUCUAAUUCUUGUAACUCUGGAGAUUACCUACAUAAGUAUGAAAAAUUCAAAUAUUCAUUUAUUCUGGACUAGCGAAAAAUUAAAAAACUUUGUAGAAAAUGAGGAAGAGGAAGAAAAUAAUAAAAAUGAACCAGAUGAUACGAAUGAUUUAACACAAAAUGAUAUAUCGUUAAACGAUAAUGAAAUUUAUUCACAUGGUAAUGAUGGAUUUAAAAAGGAAAGUAUACAUGAUACGAUUAAUUCGCUCAAGAAUUUAAUGUUCAAUAAUGUGGAGCAUGAUCAUGAUGAUAAUAUGGAUAGUAAUGCAGAUCAUAAUAUGGAUAGUAAUGCAGAUCAUAACAUGGAUAGUAAUGCAGAUCAUAACAUGGAUAGUAAUGCAGAUCAUAACAUGGAUAGUAAUGAAGAUCAUAACAUGGAUAGUAAUACAGAUCAUAAUAUAGAUAGUAAUACAGAUCAUAACAUGGAUAGUAAUGCAGAUCAUAACAUGGAUAGUAAUACAGAUCAUAACAUGGAUAAUGUAGAUGGCACCAUAAAUUAUGAGGAAGAUAAUAAUUUAAACGGACAAGAUGAAUACUAUGAAGAAAACGAAGAAGGAGAUUAUACAAAUGAAAAAGAUGUAAAUUUAAUAAAUUCUUCUGAUAUAAAUUUAGAAGAUAAUAAUGAGGAUAUAAGUAACCAUGAUAAAGAAAAAGAUAAUAAUAAUAAAAAAGAUGAUGAUGAUAAUAAAAAAGAUGAUGAUAAUAAAAUAGAUGAUGAUAAUAAAAUAGAUGAUGAUGAUAAUAAAAUAGAUGAUGAUAAUAAAAUAGAUGAUGAUGAUAAUAAAAUAGAUGAUGAUGAUAAUAAAAUAGAUGAUGAUGAUAAUAAAAUAGAUGAUGAUGAUAAUAAAAAAGAUGAUGAUGAUAAUAAAAAAGAUGAUGAUAAUAAAAUAGAUGAUGAUAAUAAAAAAGAUGAUGAUGAUAAUAAAAAAGAUGAUAAUAAUUAUGAUAAUAAUGAUGAAUGUGAUGAUGAUAAUAAAAAAGAUGAUAAUAAUUAUGAUAAUAACAAUUUCAUUUAUGAUGAUGAUGCCAUUAAUAAUAAUAACAAUUUCAUCUAUGAUGAUGCCAUUAAUAAUAACAAUUUCAUUUCUGAUGAUGCCAUUAAUAAUAAUAACAAUUUCAUCUAUGAUGAUGAGAGUAAUGGUGAUUAUAGUGAUGAUAACCCUGAAGAAGAAACAGAAAAGUACUCACAAGAUGAAGAGAAUAAUAUAAGAGAUAUAUUUGAAGAUAGUUACAAUAAAGAUAAUGAGAUCAAUGAAUUAUUGGACGAUGUAAAUACAUCUACUUUUGAAGAUAUAGAAAUAAUAAAAUAUAUAUAUACUAAUGAUGAUUUAAAAAAUAAAAAGAGUGGAUUAAUAAAUAUAAUACGUUUUCCAUUGUUAUAUGAAAUAAAUUUAAAAAAAUUAAUGAAGAUUUUUUGUUUUUAUGAACAUAUAAAAAAAGAAGAAAAAAUAAAUACAAUAUUCCAUAUAGAAGAUAUUAUAAAUAGUUACUAUCCAUUAGUGUAUGGGCAUCAUUUUAUGUAUAAUGAAUUUUUAAAAAAUUGUAAAUUUUUUUCUUUUGUUUUAAAAAAGAAAAAAAAAAUUACCAUACCAGAAGAAUUAGUUGUCUUGAUACCACAUAUUGAAUAUAAUUAUAAAAUAGAUUCUUAUCAUUUUUUAAAAAAAUUAUAUUAUUCUGUUUUUAACGAACCAAGAAUAUGUUAUACAUCCAUAAAUGAACAAAUAAAACAUAUAAAUCAAAUGAGAUAUAAGUUGUAUGUUCAUAAUUUAAAAACAUCGAAACAUUUUAAAAACGAAAAAAUUUCAAGUAUUCAUAAUAAUAUGAUAUCAUCUUAUUAUAUUUAUCAAAAUCAUAUAAAUAAUAUGAUAAAAAAUAAAACAACAUGUUGUAUUAAUGAUGAUUUAUGGAAAACCGUAUUGAAUCCAUUUGAUUUUUUUCAUUUGAAUAAUGAUGUAAAUGUAUUUUUUGAAUAUAAUAUUUUAACAAAUAUUUAUAAUAAAUUUGUUACAACGGUUAACACGGAUUUUAAUAAAUUGUGUGUAAAUUUUUAUAUUAAAAAAGAUUAUAAACAAUAUGAAGAAGAUAAUACAAAUGAACAUAACUCAAAAAGAAUCAUGAAAAGAAAAUUUAAUAAAAAUGGUCUUUAUAAUACCAUAGGUGAUAAUAAAAAUAAACCUCCUUUAUUACCAACACCAAAAAAUGAAUCAUAUAAACUUGUGAAUUCCAUCAAUAAUAAUCAUCGUCACAAUAUUAAUAACAUGAAUAAUCAGAGAAAUGGUAAUCGUCAUAAGAAUAACACAAAUAAUAACACACUCUUAUAUAAACAUGCCACUAAUAAUAUACAAAAUAAUUUUAAUAAAUCAUAUAGAAAUGAAAACAACAUUAGAAAUAGCAUGCACAAUAAUAAUUAUGACAAUAACACCAAAAGAGAAGACAAAAAUCAAAAAUAUGUAAAAAACGAAAACCAAAGGGAAGGCACAAGUAGAAAAAAUAAUGCAUCAUCUGUUUAUCGAAAUUAUAAUGUUUCAAAUGGGAAUGAGCAUACAAAUUUUAAUAAUAAUGUAUCUGCAUCGCACGCAAACUUUUCUUAUAAGCCCAUGAGGAAUAAUAAUAAUAAUAAUAAUAAUAAUAUGAGGGGUGAUAAUAAUAGUAUGAGGGGUGGUUAUAGUAUGAGAAAUGAUCAACGAAAUGAUCAACGAAAUGAUCAACGAAAUGAUCAACGAAAUGAUCAUAGGAAUGACCAUAGAAAUGAUCACAGAAAUGAUCACAGAAAUGAUCACAGAAAUGAUCACAGAAAUGAUCACAGAAAUGAUCAUAGAAAUGAUCAUAGAAAUGAUCAAAGAAAUGAUCAUAGAAAUAGUAUGAGGAAUGACCAUAGAAAUAGUAUGAGGAAUGACCAUAGAAAUAGUAUGAGGAAUGAUCAACGAAAUAGUAUGAUGAAUGAUCAACGAAAUAGUAUGAUGAACGAUCAACGAAAUAGUAUGAUGAACGAUCAACGAAAUGUUAAACGAAGAAGAGAAGAAUCGCAUGAAAUGAAUAGAAGAGGAGAUAUAUAUUCAAAUAAAAGAUAUGACAAAAGAGGAAGAAUAGAUUAUGAUAUGAAAUUAAAAAUGGAUGAGAAAAAAAAUGAGAAAAAUAUUAAGAAUCAUUCAGAAAUGCAGGAUCCAUAUGCAUCAACAAAAGAUACCUCUAGAAAUUUUGAUAUGAAUAAUUUUACAAUUAGUUCUGAAAGGAAAUCAUGGAAAUUACCUCCUCCACCUCCUAACAUUCCUCCAUCCUAUGAUAGGUCAUCUCAACGAAGAACGAGCAAUUUUUACAAUAAUGACGAUUCUUCAAUGUAA